CACUGCUUUCAGUAACCGGUUUGCAAUCCAGUCGGAAACAUUCAUCUAUCAGUCGUGUUUAUACGUAGCUGCACAACGGUCAUAGAGGCCACAAACUGCCUCAUAAAGGUUUGCAGUGAUUGAACUCCAGAAGCGAUUGCAUGCGGAUCAGACCAGUAACUAUUGAGCCAUUCCCAAAAUGAGCAGCGGAAAGCAUUUGGCCAAAGGCUCCACCCCGCCGGUACUGGGCAAGGACGGAAAGCUCCGCCUGUACUCGAUGCGCUUCUGUCCGUAUGCCCAACGAGUCCACCUGAUACUGGAUGCGAAGAACGUGCCCUAUCACACAAUCAAUAUCAACCUUAGCGAGAAGCCGGAAUGGUACUUCGACAAAAACCCUCUGGGCAAGGUUCCGGCUUUGGAAGUUCCCGGAAAGGAUAACAUCACGCUUUACGAAUCAUUGGUCGUGGCCGACUUCAUCGAGGAAGCCUACUCCGAGAGACAACGGAAGCUUUAUCCCAGCGAUCCGUUCAAGAAGGCGCAAGACCGUAUACUGAUUGAACGCUUCAACGGCGCAGUAAUCUCGCCGUACUACAGAAUUCUGUUCGCAAGUGACGGCAUUCCUCCGGGAGCUAUUACGGAAUUCGGUACGGGUUUAGAUAUUUUCGAAACAGAACUGAAGAAUCGUGGAACUCCGUACUACGGUGGCACUCAGCCGGGUAUGUUGGACUACAUGAUCUGGCCGUGGUGCGAGCGCGUAGAUUUACUUAAAUUUGCACUAGGAGACAAAUAUGAACUCGAUAAACAGAGAUUUGGAAAAUUGUUGCAAUGGCGUGAUCUGAUGGAAAAAGAUGAUGCCGUGCGAAAAUCAUUCCUUUCAACGGAGAACCACACCAAGUUCUUGCAGAGCAGGAAAGCUGGCGAAAAUAACUACGAUAUUCUAUUGAAUAACGCCAAAAAGCCUCGUUUAUUGAAUUAUCUGCGAUAAAAAACCAAUAGUAACAGAAGACUAGCUGGUUUGUCAAAUGGAACAAUGCUCGUAAAUAAUGUGCAUCGUAUCAACAAUUCAAUGUAAUGAACUGAAGUUUUAAACACAUUUACCAAUACCUAGCAACUCAAAUGUAGGUAC